CCGCUAAUUUAGGGACAUUUUGGGAAGGUUGGCGGUAAUUUUUCUAUCCUCACGGGGGCGUUUGGGGAAGACUAGCAGCAAUUGCGCAGUUGUCAGUGCUUUCACACUCCCACACGCUUUAAAGUGCGAGAGAGAGAGAGAGAGAGAGAGAGAGGGAAGAGAGAAGGCGAUGGAGAGGAGAAGGUUGAGCCUUCGAUUGAUGAGGAGAGUGAUUACUGUCGCCGCGGCGGCGAUCGCUGUUGGAGCGUUGUUGGCGGUGCACGUUUUCCGUUCGUCGGAGGUUCCAAAGUUGAGAGAAAUCGGAUAUCUUGGUUGGAGUGGCGAGCUUCAGUGGACGCAAGAGUUGACUCCUCCCCAGCUCUCUAAACAGCAAGAUAAGACUUGACAGUUGUUAGGCAAGAGCGAGACUGUGGAGUUUGAAACAACUUUGGAAAUCACCUUCAAGACGCAAUUUUGUCCAGUGCGUUGCGCCCAGUUCAUCAUAUACGCCUCCUGUUGAAUCCAGGGGUUAUCUGCUAGUUCAUACAAAUGGUGGGUUGAACCAGAUGCGAGCUGGGAUAUGUGACAUGGUGGCUGUUGCUCGUCUUAUUAAUGCUACCCUUGUUGUUCCAGAACUUGAUAAAAGAUCAUUUUGGCAAGAUUCUAGCAAUUUCUCAGAUGUCUUUGAUGAAGAGUAUUUUAUUCAGUCUUUGGCGAAUGAUGUAAAAAUUGUAAAGAAGUUGCCAAAGGAAUUUGCAACUGCUACUAAAGCAGUAAAACAUUUUAUCAGCUGGUCGGGUGUUGAAUACUACCAAGGCGAAAUUGCUCGCUUGUGGGAUGAUUAUCAAGUUAUUCGUGCUGCUAAAUCAGAUUCACGUCUUGCCAACAACAAUUUGCCUGCUGACAUUCAAAAACUUCGUUGUCGAGCUUUUUACAAUUCACUUCGAUUUUCUCCACGCAUUGAGGCAUUAGCACAUUUAUUGGUUGAGAGGAUGAGAUCAUUCGGUCCAUAUAUUGCUUUACAUUUGCGUUAUGAGAAGGACAUGCUUGCUUUUAGUGGGUGCACCUAUGGUUUGUCUCUGGCUGAAGCAGAUGAACUAACAAAGAUCAGAGAGAAUACUUCUUAUUGGAAGGUGAAAGAUAUUGAUUCCCAAGAACAGAGAGUGAAGGGAUAUUGUCCAUUGACUCCAAAAGAGGUUGGAAUUCUUCUCUCAGCUCUCGGCUAUCCAUCCAAUACUCCAAUCUAUGUUGCGGCAGGGGAGAUAUAUGGAGGUGACUCUCAGAUGGCCGAUCUAAGGUCUCGAUUUCCUACAUUGAUCAGCAAGGAAAAUUUGGCAUCAUCGGAAGAGCUCGAACCAUUCAGUCACUACGCGUCACAAAUGGCAGCUUUAGACUACAUUGUAUCAGUGCAAAGUGAUGUUUUUAUUCCCUCGUAUUCAGGGAACAUGGCAAGGGCUGUUGCUGGUCAUCGUAGGUACUUGGGUCAUCUGAAAACAAUCAACCCUGACAGAAAAGCACUAGUACAUUUGUUCAAUAAGCUCGACCGAGGCUCACUUAAUGAAGGCCGGAAACUGUCUGAAACAAUCAUAGAACUCCAUAAAAGAAGGCAAGGUUCACCGAGAAAGAGAAAAGGACCAAUCUCCGGCACAAGAGGCAAAGAGAGGUUCCGAUCAGAAGAGGCAUUCUACGAAAACCCUUUACCCGAUUGUUUAUGCCAAGAAGAAUCUAAGUUCAUGCACCGGUCAUAAUCAUGUACAUACAGUAAUUAAAAAUGGUUCUUUACGAAGUAAAUUCUGUGUCGUCAGUACGAGGCCAAGGGGGGACACGAUUAUCUUCAUAUCUUGAGCUUCAACUGAUGAGCUUUAUUUGUAACAUAGAUGGUGUUUUGAGGAUAAUGCAAUUGAUCAGUAUCAAGAAUGUAUACUAGUAAUUGGUUGAACAUUUUGGGGGUAAUAAUAACAAGCACAGUUUGUGUUUUGGGUUGGGAAAACAUUAAUAAAAGGAGGUGAAUUUGUUUGUCUUU